CAGACUUUUCCAUUCACAGGAACGCACUGAAGCACCUCAAGCAGAGAAGACAAAGACGAAAGCUAUUGCGUGUAGGGUGUAUAACGUGCAAAGGUUGGAACAAGAAAGGGAUCCAUCGUUUCUCUUAUCAUGGACGAUCCAAAAAAAUCCGAGGAAUUGAAGGACAUCACCCAAAUAUUGGAAGAUGUAUCUUCCCUUUUGACCUUCGAGUCGCCCAUGCUUCACUCGAAAGCGUUCAACCUUCAAGAUUCCAUGGCGGCGUUGGAGAUCAUGGACAAAAAGAUGGACUGUUGCGAGGUCCCAUACCAAAAAGAAGAAAUUCUAGUACUAUGCGACAGUAAAGGGGUCGAUGGAAACGAAAAGCGCGAAGAUCAGACGCCAGAACAACGAUUGAUUUUCCCGCGUCCGGCGCCAACGGGACUUGAUGACGAGGUGGAUACAUUGCCAUGGAACGAGCUGACUCUGGACGAUGCAGUCUAUAUAGCCAUGGAACAUCUCAUACGCCUUGAAUCCUUCCUUAACGAAGGCUCAUCUAUCGUAGAAAGCACGUAUACCUGCCUCUACGCGCACAGCAGUGUCAUGGCAGAUAUGAAGGAUCGUCUCGAACCCCUGUCCUUGACCGAGCAGAUGCAAGCCAUGAUGAUAGCUGCCACAAAAGGAACCCUUCCACAACACAUUGUUUAUUCUUCAACACUAAUGAUCAUUCAGCUUACAGAUUUAUGUCGUGGAAUUAUUUUAAACGCAGAUAUUUAUGAGGAAGAAGACUUUACAGGGAGUACGUAUAGCAUCCAGGUCUUUCAAGAUCGGGACGAUGAAUCCGUGGUGAGCGUUGGACGCCGUGUCAUAGAAAUGAUCCAGAAGCAGGAGGAGUCUUUAGAAAACCAAGAUGGCACAUCCAGUUUGAAUGCGCUUCGAGCUGCCAACUUGAUUCUGGGAUUUGAGCUUGACAUGAUUGGUGUGAUCACUUCUAUGGCCGGGCUCUCUGGCUUGGAUUCCAUCAAAGAAGAGUUAAAAAAAUCCCAAACCAUCGCAAGAGCGGCGGUCGCAAAAGCCUCCCAGAUAUCCACAGCAAUGACAGAGUUGAGAAAAGUCAAAACAGAGUCCAUAAACGUCUUGAUCAAACGAACUUUCGAUUCGAAUGUGAAUUGUCCUCUGGUCGGUAACGCUCCGCUAAGAAAAAUUGUUUUUCGAGAGGCAGAAGAAUCGCUUUCUUUACUCCAAAAGAUAAUUCGAGAACUCGAUCAGGUUGUUUGCAGCAUUCUCCUAAAAGCCAAUACACUUGGAAGGAUACGACACAUGAUGAGGAACUUAUCCGCUGCGACCACAAAUAUUCUGACAAGAUCCCUAGUGGUGCUAAAUCUAUACUUCGAUGAGAAGAUAUUCGGUCAGUACUUACUCCCUGAGAUGAUAAUGAAUCACCUAAAGCAGCUAUCAGGUGUUCCAGACAGCAUAUUCACGAGCACGAAAGAGGUACCUGCGUUUUUGAAUCGGCUUUGUAAGCCUGUGUAUGACACUCUGAAAGUCCUUACUCUCAAUAAGAACCGCCAGAGGAGCUACAUUGAUGUCAUGCUCGGCGAUUGGGCUUCUCUCCGAGAGGAAGCCUAUAUCGUCGACGUAGCGUAUCACCAAGAAUCUAACGCUAGUCUUCCAGAGCUCCAACCAUAUUUUAGUCUCUACGUCCUUUGCGUUACCAUCGACUUGAUGGACCACUACGUAGAUUUGGGUGUAGAACUCCAGUUGCAUUGCAAUGAAGAAGAACUGGGGAUUGUGUUUUGGUAUCGCGAUUUUCUCACGUCAUCCUUACUAAGCCAAAUCACGACUAUGAGACAAACAAAAAUGCUAGCCAAGAAAAUGGAAGUCGCCGAGCAAGUGAAAAGACAGCAACAACAGACCCAAAAGCAAGCGAACAAUAAAACACAAAAAAGUGGAAAGAAGAAAGGGAAGCAGAAGAAGUCUUCGAAUAGCGGCGGUGGGAACGCGGGCUCUAUUGCCAUGCCCAUCACCAAUCCAGAAGACAUCGAAGAUGAUUUCGACUUCCUUCUAUUGACUCUSAAGCGAAACAUGUGUCGUGGAAUGGUACGCUUCUUUGCUGCUGUGCGACAAGCGGGGCUCGUUCCCGAAAAGAAAUACGAGUUUACAACGAGUCAACGCAUCUUCGAAAAAAGAUUUGAGCUUUUUUCGUGUAUACAACAACCCCCGCCACUCAGCUAUGAGGAUUACUUGAGCGGUUCGGACUUUUCCAAGGUGUCCCAGGGUGACUUGUGGGCUUCGACAGCUGAUUCGUUUCGUCUCAGUAGGUCGAUAAUCGAGCGACUCUUGGCACAGAUUCCUCUCAUCGAUCCAGAUUACUCGGCUGUAAAGGAAGAGGAACUUCGGCAGCUCGCCAAAGUUUGCGUUGGCAAUUCAAUAUACCUCCAGAAAAUGAUCCAGGCGGUGAAUGGAAAGGGGGAAUCAAUGCCAAAAAUAAAGAUUGACAACAAGACCAACAGACAAUUUUGCAUGAUUAAGAUAGAAUAGAUCUAUCGAGAGAAUUCAUAUAUCUUUCGGCAACGAAAUAAGUAAUAAAGUUAUAC